CCGCACAGAUUUAUUAUAUUUGUCAAAAGAGACUAUGACUUACCAUGGCUGUAAAUCAUCACCUUUUCCACAGAGCAAAAUUAAUUAUUCGUCUGCUCAACUUUACUUAGAUAUUACUGUUUUUUCCCCACAUUAAUUAUGUUCAGUAUUUGCAAAAUGUUAAAAUCCCCUUCCCCUCAUGUGCCCAUACACUUUUAUCUUCAGUCACAAAAAAAUAAUUUAAAAUCCAAAAAACAUUAACUGCUCAACUGUUCAAUAGAAAUACACCAAACAUUGACUAAUCAGAAAAGUAAUGAGUAACAAACAUAAAACAUAUUUAGUUGCAGCUCUGGCCCGAUUGUUAAUAAAGCUCCAGCGUAAUCACCGCCAAGUCCAUUAAAAUACCAAAAUACUUCAUAACCCAAAUGUUCUUUGUAAAUAGUCAUUCGUCUGUGAUGCUCAUGCUGCUGGCAGGGGACGACAGCAACAGCAGCUGUAAUGAGAAUGUGUGGGUUCGAAUGAGGAGUUCUUAAUGUCGUUACCCACGUCGGUUUGGUGAUCAAGUUGCUCUCUAAUUGAAUUUCUUCCUCACUCGUCCUUUGCUGCUCUUCCUCUGUAACAGUAAAUGUCUGUUUCGUAAAGUGGACGCACACCCACUUUGCCUUCGUCGCCGCAGUCAAAUAAGUAUUCAGGGCGCUGUGAAUUCCCAUUGUCGCUGCUUUCGGACAGAUGAAUCCUCGCCACCUGCCUUUCCCCUUAGUGUUUCAUUGUACAUCACUCACCCCUUAAAGCACUCACCUGCAGCCUCACCUGCCUUUAUUAUCAAAGCAGAGCCUGAUGUAUACUGUCUGUCCCCCUCUCCUCCUCCGUAAACCAAUUACGGCGUGUGUCCGUCCGUGAUGUCCGCAGAGGGAGGGGUUUCUCAUCUCAGGCAGUGGCGAGUGGUCAGUCAUUGUGUCCUGCUCUCAUCAGUUCAAAACCAAAGGACGGCGACACAGAGUGGGUUACACACACACACACACACACACACACACACACACACUGGGUUGGAAGCUGCUAUAACACACACUCACACACCUGCAGCUAUAACACAAAGUUCUAGAUAUGGUGCCUGUGGUUUUCGUCUUCGUCCUCCUCUUCCUCAAAGGUAAGACUGUGUUGUAUGAAGAUAUUUGAACCUUGGUAAAAAUGUCUCAUUUAUUCAUUUUUGGGAUGCAGUGUACUUUAAGACCCCCCUGUUGACAUUUAUUAACGGUAAAUUAACAUUUACUAAAUGUUUUAGAAUACACUAAAUUGUAGUUUUAAGCAGAUAUUUGAUAUGAUUAAUGUAUUUUUAUACCAACUGCAAGUUAAUGUGUCUCAUUAGGAGAGGUCCAUCACAUUAAAACAGCAUUGAUUUGAAUUGUGUCAACUACAUGUUAAUGUUAACAAUUUGAAGUUGUAGUGUUUUAUUAACAGACUUUUCUUUUUUUACCAUGACUCCAGGGUCUUUUACAUUUUCUUGUUGUAAGAUGUUUUCUUUCCAUACUCUCGUUGCUGUAAUGGAUCGAUGCUGCUAUAAACAGGCGAUAAAGUUUCUGUGUGGACGGAAUCUUAUCUUUGAUAACUGUGUUACUGUAGAUGGCACGUCCUCUAAGAAAGUAUGCAGUUACCAGGACGUUCUGGAUUACCUGAACCUGACCACCGACAACAGUGUGUUUAAACUGACCCGGCCCGUUCUCGACCACACGCACCAAACCACGAUAGAGCUGGACCUCAUCCUCUUCGCCAUCCUGGCUGUGGUUGAGAAAUCACAGACUUUCAUUCCUUUCGUCUGGGUAUCAACGAUUUGGAACAACGAAUACAUUUCAUGGGACCCCGCUCAGUUUUGUGGAAUAACAGAAGUUUCACUUCCUAAAGAGAUGCUCUGGAAACCAGACCUCUUCAUCUAUGAGAUGGUACACAAAGACGAGUCCCCUCACAAUCCCUUCAUUUACAUAUCGCACGACGGGGUGGUCACGCUCGAAGACGACAUAAAUGUGGUCAGCACCUGCAAGAUGGACAUGCACAAGUUCCCCUUUGACACACAGAGAUGCAACAUCUCCAUCGGAUCGGCGAUCCACUCGGUCGCAGAAGUCCGGAUCAUCCCUUUCUCCAACUCGUCUCGGGCCACACAGUUUUCCCGGGAGCUGAUGAAGACUCAAGGGGAGUGGGAGUUCCUCCAGCUGGCUGUCGACACCGUGAAUUUGAGCUACAACAACAGACAGUUUGAACAGCUCAUAUACACUUUCACCAUUAAGAGGAGGCCCCUCCUCCAUGUCAUCAACUUCCUGUUGCCCAUCCUGUUCUUCUUGAGUCUGGAUCUCGCCUCCUACUUCAUCUCGGACCACAGGGGAGAGAAGCUGGGCUUCAAGGUCACCGUGCUGCUGGCGAUCUCCGUCCUGCUGCUCAUCCUGAACGACAUCCUGCCCUCCAUGUCCAACAGGACUCCUCUCAUAGCGACCUACUGCAUCGUGAUCUUUGCUCUGAUGCUGCUCAGUCUGCUGGAGACCAUAUUGGUCAUAUAUCUGAUGGAAAUCGACUCCCAGGAGAGGCUGAAGGACGACGGGGAGCACGCGCGGAAAAAAGGCGAAACGGACGACUGUACAGCAGAGAAGGAAAGACAGACCCGCUGUUCAUGCAUCUGCAAAGUGUCAGACGGUGAAAAAGAGCAUGAAAUGCUGCCUGUGGCUGAGGAGGUGUUUGUGCAGGUCAACGGAAGCGUUCAGUCGCGAGAGGCUCGUGUGCUGCUGUUGAUUCUGGAGGAGCUGAAGCGGCUGCAGAAGCUCCUGGACCUGCACCUCAGUCCCAGAGAGGAGGGAGGGCGCUUCGUCCUCUGGGCCACGAGAAUCAACAGAGUCUUCUUCAUUUCCUACGUCGCCUCUGUGACGCUGUUUCUAUCCCUCAUCUUCAAUGAAUGGAACAGUUAG